AUGUUGAGAACGGAACGACGCCCAGUUAUUGGGAAUUUAGAGAACAUACCGGUUGUCAGAAUGGCCGAUUUUAUUGCGGCGGGGGACCAAGUAGGGUGCAAGGAUUUGAGGAGUGCAACGAUUCCUGAUACGUGUGGAGCUGCCAUAGAUGUUCCAUCCUUGAAACCGUACGAAUCCCCCGCAGCGGCUAGGAUGCUGACUCCCGGUGCUGUGAUGUCCGGCUGCAUCGGUGUGAAAUAUUUCAGACAAAGAACAAGUAACAGAACCUUACGCGGGAAAACUUGA